CUGUAAGGUUACAUAUGUCAAUGUUUACUAACAUUUUGAACAUUGUUCAAGUUUAGUUACACUUUAGUUUAUUAGUUAUUAUCAUACAUCGAAAAUGGAUGGUCCUAAGCUUGAAUGGAUGUACAAAGAUUCCAGUGAAGUUGUUGAUAGAGAAGAAUAUUUACUAGGAAGACCAAUUGAUAAAGCUUUUGAACAGUCCUCAUUUUCAAAUGAAAUUGAAAAAGAUUGUUUGCCAACUUCAAUUUUUGCAAAUGCUGGAAGCAAUGUUCAGGUUGAUGUGAUUCGUAAGCUAAAAGAAGAUCCUCUUGAAAUCAUAAGACAACAAGAAAUAGAUAGAAGAAAACAAUUAUUAAAAAAUCCUGUAAAAUUGAAGAAGCUUCAAAAUAUGCUUAAAACAAAAGAAAACAACACCUCUGUAAAAAAAGAUAAAAUCAGUGAAAAGAAAAAAACUAGUGAUCCUGAUUCAUCUGAUAUUGAUAAAUUGUUAGCUUCUAAGUAUCUUAAAAUAAUGAAAAAACAUGGUAUUAAAUCUCUUUCGGAACUCUCUAAUAUAAAAGUUGAGAAAAAACUUAACUCUUAUAAGAAAUCUAGAAAAAGCGUAAGUGAAACCAGUUCUUCUAGUUCUGAAAGUGAAUCAGAUGAAGAAAAAUCAAGGAAACAUAAGGAAGAAUUUAAAAAGAAGCAUGAUCAAAAAAGCAGUAAUUCUAGAGAUUACAAUAAAAAUCAUCAUUAUUUACAUAAAAAAGGAAAUUCUUUUAGAGACAAAGAAUCAGAUAAGUAUUUUGAUGAAAGAAACAAAGAUAGGAGAGAUAAAAAGUCGCCAACUAGAAAUCCCUCAGAAAAAUUUAAGACUGAUAGAACUAGGAGACAUGAUAAAGAAAAGAAUGCUGACCGAAAUCCACAUAAGAGAGAUCUUUCUGCAGGACACAGGCCGCGUACAGAUUAUACAAACAAUGCCAGCAAAAAGCACAAGAGCAAUAGUUUAUCAGAAAAUGAAAAGCAAAAACGCUUGAAUGAAAUGAUGGAUAAUGCUAAAUGGAGAGAUGAUGUUAGAUAUCAAAAUAUUGCCCGGUAUAAAAAGGAGGAAUCAUCUGAAAAAGUUGAAAAUUAUAGUGAAGAUUUCUUGAGGAAACAAAUGAGACAAAUGAUAAUGGCCACCACUAAUAAAAGUGUUGAAUCCAGAAUAAAAUCUAAUAUUAACAAUAUUCAAAAGUCCAAAUUAACAAUGAAUGAGAACUUUAUCAAGAGAUAAUAAUAUCAUUAGAUUUGCUCAACUCUCAAAUACGAUGUAUCUUAUGAAAACCUGAAAGAAGAUACCCAUCUUCUCAACAAAUAUAAGGAAUGGGCCUGAAUGCUUGAAGUUGGAGCUUGAAAGUUGGUGGUUACUUGAUAUCACCUCAUGUAAAUGUAUUCUACAAAUUUGAUAUUUGUUGUAUCUAUCAUAUCUAUUAUAGGAUAUUAAUGUUAAGUUAUGUAUUCAAUUGUAAAUAUUUUAAUUCUGAAAAUAAAUUUAUUGGUUUUACCUUA